AUGGCAGCAACUGAAAGGACACGGCUGCACAUCACACCUUUCAACCCGGACUUGCUGGAUCGCUACAUCUCACUGUCGCUAAAGCCGCAAGCGACGAACAUUUCAUUCCAUACGGUUGAGACUUUCCCCGAGCGCGGCUUUGGAUACGUCGAGCUGCCCACGAUGGAGGCGCAGAAGCUCAAGAAGAAGCUAAAUGGGAGUACAUUGAAGGGCGCGAAAGUCAAGAUCGAAGAAGCAAAGCCUGAGAAGAAGAAGCGCAAGAGCUCUGACGCUGUAGAGGAAGAUGUGGAUGAUAAGAAAGCGCGGAAGAAGGCGAAGAAGGAAAAGCGGAAGAAAGAGCAAGGUGUGAUACCUGGACAUGAGCUGGAGGAGGGGAGGAGGGUGAAGAGAGGCUGGGACGAGAAGAAUCCCUUGAGGACGUCGAGCAAGAAGGAAGAUGGAGGCCUAGAGAGCAAAAAGAUGCGUUUCAAGACUGUCGUGCCGCCGAACAAGGUUGAGAGUGUGGAGAAGGAGAAGAGCAAGGUCAAGAAGGAUAAGAAAGAGAGGAAGGGCAAGAAAGAGGUUGUGGUGAAGGAGUUUGCUAAGACUACGAAGCCUCUCAGCACAGCUACUGUUGCUUCCAGGAAGGGUGCGAGAUACGAGGAAGGUGUGGGCUGGGUAGAUGAGGACGGUAAUGUGGUCGAGGAAGAACAACCUCAGAAGAAGCGGAGACGCAGUAAAGCUGCGAAGGAAGCGCCUGAGCCUGAACCAGAAGCUGAACCCGAACCAGAAUCUGAACCCGAACCUGAGCAUGAGUUGGAAUCUGAUUCUGAAGCUGAGCCUGAAGCUGCGCGCAAACAGCAGACGAUUGCAGAAGAAGAGACUGGCCCAGCCUCCGAAGAUUCUGGCGCUGAGUCUGAUGGCGGUCAAGCUGAGCAGCCAGAGGAGCAAAACGAUUCCUCUGACUCUGACACGUCGGAUGCUGCUAUGAGCGAAGACGAUGACGACCAAGUCGAUCGUCAACUCAAACAAGCGCAGACGAAUUUGGCUUGCAACGCGGCGGUGGAGAGGGAGCAGUCCAAUUCUAUUCCCAUCGCAGACGCAUUUCCCUCUGCAGAAGUCGAAGCUGCGUCCGCCGUGGACAAGGAAAUCCAUCCUCUGGAAGCCUUGUUCAAACGACCAGCGCCGAACGCUGAAGAGGCUGUGAAAGCUAAGAGGCCUACGCCGAUCGACACAUCAUUCAGCUUCUUCAACAGGGGCGCGGACGAUGAUGAAGUCGUGAUUGAGAACAACCCUCCUCAAACGCCUCACACAAAACAAGAUUUGGAGUGGCGAAGUAUACGAUCAGCGGCACCAACCCCUGAUACUGCAGCCAUCGGCAAACGUUUCAGCUUUCCUUUUGCUGCUGAAGAUGUUGACAACGUUGAUGAUGUUGAUCAAGAUGAGGACAUAGACAUGCAAGAUGCUGACGAAGAAGAGGCAGUCACUGGAGCUGAAAAGGGCAAAGACGGCGAGCGCGAGGAGAGCGAAUUUCGCAAGUGGUUCUACGACAACCGCGGCGACUUGAACCGAUCCUGGAAGAAGCGUAGACGGGAAGAGAAGAAGAUUGCUCGGCAGAGGGAGAAUCGACGCCUGAGCAGGAGACUUGCUUAG